UCUAAAUUUUCUGGGUUAACGAAACCAUGGGAAUUCCGGUGGAAGUUGAAUCCAAAUUUGUACAGAAAUGUUCGAUGUUAUUAAUUUUCUCGAGUGUCGUAGUAUUAUUUAUUUGUUUGAAUAAUGUGCAACCGUAUUAUUUCAUUGACGAGGUUUUCCACGUACCUCAGACAUUGCAGUAUUGCGCCGGCAAUUUUACACAGUGGGACCCUAAAAUAACUACUCUACCCGGGUUGUAUUUACUCACAACCUUGGUAUUAUCGCCCCUGAAUCUGUGUAACCUCUUUUACAUGAGAUGCAUAAAUUUGCUUGGAACCAUUGUAAAUUUCUAUCUUGCUUACAACAUAAUCAAACAAAUUUCGAUAAAAUACCAGACACAAAGAUGGAACAAUUGGAUGAAACUUACUGUGGCUUCUAACAUUAUGCUUUUUCCACCUUUAUUUUUCUGGCACUUUCUGUAUUAUACAGACAUUGUAUCUGUUAAUGCAGUAUUGUUAAUGUUCUUGCUACAUUUACGUAGAAAGUUUGAAAUGGCAGCUUUUAUAGGUCUCUUGUCCAUAUUAAUUCGACAAACAAAUAUAAUUUGGGUUGCAUUUGUCACUGUGGAACGUGCAUUUGAUUUGUUAGAUCAGAAACUACUGAAAUCAAUAACACAAGAAGAAUAUAGUUCAUUCACCUAUUUAAAACUACUGUGGAAAAAGAUAAUGGAAGAAGCAUCUCAUGGAUGGGCUUUCUUCUCAAAAUUUGUUAUUCGACUAAUUGUACAGUUACUUCCGUAUGCAACAGUAUGUUUAAUCUUUCUUGCAUUUGUUGUCUGGAACAAGGGUAUAGUAGUUGGAGAUCGUGCAGCCCAUGUUCCUACUAUUCAUAUCCCUCAAUUAUUCUAUUUUUCUGCAUUUAUUUCCUGUUUUUUAUGGCCGUACACGAUUAUUCAUUGGAAAUCUUAUUUAAAUUCUGUUAAAGAACAUUGGAUCCUUCACAGUUGUCUGCUGGCACUCUUAAUUGCAACAGUUCAUUUUAACACUCUUGUUCAUCCAUACAUAUUAGCCGACAACAGGCAUUACGUAUUUUACUUUUGGAAUAAGUUCAUGGGAAGAUACAGGCUGUUCAAGUAUCUAUUAAUACCUGGAUAUUCGUUCGCUUUCUACACCAUGUUUCAUAGAAUGAUGCAUUUGAGGUUUGCAACUCAAAUUAACUAUAUUCUCAUGACAUCCAUGGUCCUUAUACCUCAGCUGCUCAUAGAGCCGCGCUAUUUUAUCAUUCCGUAUAUUCUUUAUCGUUUGCUUAUUCGGGAACCGAAAAGCUGGCAAGUUAUUAUGGAAUCAAUUACCGUGUUCAUAGUGAAUUUCUUACAGUUCUAUAUAUUUAUUAAUAAGGUAUUUUAUUGGAGUGAUCAGCCCGAUCCUCAAAGGAUAUCAUGGUAAACAGGGGAAAACAAAAAAUCGAAUGUAUCAUCCAAUUUUUAAA